AUGUUUCCAGGAAGUUACAGAGGUACCGGCUCCUACUCUGCAGGUCACCACAGAGUGACACAGAAGUACGGCAUGCCCCAGGGGGGCAUGGGCACCACGGUGCCCGCGCUCACCACCAUCACCACCAGCCAGGACUUCCAGUGGAUGGUGCAGCCCACAGUGAUCGCCACAUCAACGUCUAAUAUCGACCCCAGGACCUACUCGUACCCAGCCCUGGGCAUGGGCUCUGCCCCGGGUUCGUCGCGUGCGGGGGUGAUCAGGGCAUACAUGGCCCCCUUCAGGGGGAGGAGACAGAAAGAGGAGGAGCUCUCCCCGGAGGAGGAGGAGAGGAGGAAACUGCGGAGAGAGAGGAACAAACUGGCAGCAGCCAAGUGUCGGAACCGGAGGAGGGAGCUGACUGAGAGGCUGCAGGCAGAAACGGACCAACUGGAGGAUGUGAAAUCGGGACUGCAGAAGGAGAUCGCUGACUUACAGAAGGAGAAAGAAAGGCUCGAGUUCAUCCUGGAAGCCCAUCAGCCCAUCUGCAAAGUCUCGGAUGAUUCCCGGGCUCCCUUGACGAGCGCAACAACCAAGGGAUGCUCAGAGAGGCCAAGGGAUGCGGUCGCCGGGGCGACGGACUGCUCCUUCAGGCCCAAGCCACCGAGAGUGGCCAUCGAGCCGUCCUCCAGCCGGGAUGGGCCGGAGCCUGAGGCUCUGCACACCCCGACCGUGGUGCGGACCCCCUCGGGCACUCCCUAUGCCGCCGGCCUGACCUUCACCUACCCCGGCGCCGCCUUCGAUCUGGAACCUUCCGCUGGGCCCUCUGGUCAGGCCUUGGGCCUGUACACGCCCCCGGAGCCUUGCGCCGCAGCCCAUCGCCGCGGCAGCAGCAGCGGCGGUGACCAGUCGUCCGACUCGCUCAGCUCCCCCACCCUGGUGACCCUUUAG